AUGUCUGCGAGGCAAGUGCUUGUGGGUGAUGACGAAGACGGCGGUGCGCCACUGACCAUUGUGCGCUACAAGCGGCGCCGCGGGCAGCGGAGCGGGCGCGGGCGCGGGCGGGCCGACUCGACCUCGUCGACCUCGUCAUCGUCGUCGAGCGACGACGGAUACGGGGAGCGCAUGGCCAAGCGGCAGAAGCAGCGGGGGAGCGGGAGAGGGGGAGACCGCGAGGUGAGCCAGGCAGAGCGGGCGGGCGCGCGGACGGCUGCAGAGACCGCCUCGCUCCUCACACGCCUGCCCAUGCUGUUUGCCCCUUCGGCGCCCGGCGCUCGCCCGACCCGUCCACGGUCGGUUGUCCGCUCCUCGGUCCGAUCGGGUCCGGGCGCCCUGGGCAAGAAGAACGCCGGUGUGCUGGCGGCUGCGUCGGGCAAGUCCGCCCGCCGCAGGCGGCUGCUCAAGGUUCGCACGUUGCGGGCAAGCGGCGGCAAGCACAUCAACGUGGUUGAUGUGGUCGACGACGACGACGACGACGACGAUCAAGCCGAGACCAGAUCGAGCGGUACCCUUCAAGAUGAUGACGACGGGCUACGGGCUAUGCUGCAAAAGCAUCUCAUGCCGGUGCUCAACGCGACAGCGCGCGGAAUGGCUAAGGGCGACGCCCUCGCUGUGGCACGGGCAAUCGCCGCGGCGUCGGGCACCAGCCUUCCGCCGGCCGCGGCCGAGUCGACCGAGACGCUCCUCGAGUGGAUUCCGGGCGAGAACGGCGAGACUGGGAUGCUGGUCCUUGCCGGGUCGGAGGCGUACGUCGGCCUCGAUUCCGACGACGACGACGACUGGGGCGGCAUGUCGCUCGGCACGGCCAACGCCAUUGGCAACUACUACGUGUGCCAGGGCGAGGCACUGCUCGACGAGAACGAAGCCAACAUGGCGCUGGAGUCGUACGGUAUCUCGUCGCUGCUCAUGGGCGAGUACGACUCGGACGGCGAGGUCGGUGUUCACGACGAGCUCGACGAGUCGCUCGACGGGCAGGAGAUCGACUACCCGGACGAGGCGUCGCACGACUCGUCGGACGGCGACGAAGGUGGCUACGCGCGUGACGGCAGCAGGAGCGUCAGGCGGUUCGACCCGUGGGCGCCGCGUGACGUGAGCGACGACGAGUCGCGCGACGGCGACGACCUGGCGGACGACGUCGACGACCACGAGUUUGUCGACCCGUACUUUGAGCUUGACCAGGCGCCCGAAGUUGCGGCGUUCAACCGCUUUUCGCAGGCAUACCUCGGCGACGACGGCGGCUCGUCAGGCCUCCGUCACGUCAGCGACGCCGAUGAGUUUAUGGCCCGGUUCGGCGGGCUAAGCCUCUUGCCGGAUGCCGUUGAUCCCGAGCUGUACGAUUCCGAGCACGAAGAAGACGAUCCGUUUGCAGCGCUCGCGUCGGCGUCUUUUGGCGGCGAGUCCGGGCCGCGGACCCACGUCGAUGCCCGUGCUGAGCGGGAGCGGCUGGUGUUUGACGUGGCGCACUCGGCCGACGUGGUGGCAUACGCCGACGAGGCCGAGGCCGAGGAGGACGCCUACUACUAUCGGCUGUACAAGGAGCAGCAGGCGGCCAAGGGUAGGCUUUGACGUGGCUUCUGCAAAGGGAAAGGGUCGCGGUGUUACAGGUGGGUGUUUACCACGGGCGGGUGGAGAGGAGCUGCUGCCGCCAGUCAGACGGCGGCGGCUGCGGCUUGUCCGAGUGGGUCUCAAAGCCGAGCGGGUUGGCGGUGUCGGGCCUGCGUGUGGGCGACGCCUUGCCGCGACGCUGGACCCAGUAGUCGGCCUCGUUUUCUGUCUGGCGCGAGGACCAGGUGAAGAUGUCGCCCGAGUCGUAGGCGAGUCGCGAGGUGGCACCGGAGCGGUGGGUGUUGACGGGCUGGUCCGGCGGAAUACCGUCGCGCCACGAAGACCACUCGAGAAUCUUGUCGUGGUCGCCGGAGGGGCCGUGGCGUGCCACGCCCGAG